AUGGCCAACGGGAUUCCUACUCAAGGUGUCGGCAGUUUAUUCACCCUGAUCAAAAGGUUGGAGGCUGCAACAUCUCGCUUGGAAGACAUAGCUAUCGCUCAGACUACGGCUGGUGGAAAUGGGAUGACGGCCGAGAACUCAAACGCCGGCGGACAAACAUCGUCACCUCAAACUCCAACCGAGACUCCGCCGUCCUUGAAGGCUUAUGAUGAACUGAUAGCGGGACAACUUCAGAACUAUUUGAGCCUUUCUAAGGAAGUCGGAGGAACAGCCCAAGAGCAAGCCCAACACGUCGAAGCUGCCUUUAGCGCCCAACGCACCUUCCUAUUGAUCGCAGGCUCGUGCCAAAAUCCAGGCUCCUCCAAGGUCUUCAUGGAGCUCCUACAAUCUACCUCCGAGCCGUUAAACCGAGUCGUGGAAAUCAAGGAUGGAAAUCGCUCUGACAAACGCCUUUUCAACGGCUUGACAGCCAUUGCCGAGGGAAUCUCCGCUCUUGGCUGGGUGGCCGUGGAAAGUAAGCCGGGACCAAUGGUUGCGGAGGCUAAAGAUAGUGCUCAAUUUUGGGUGAACCGCGUGCUCAAGGAUUGUAAGGAAACGGAACCCAAGUUGGUUGAAUGGGCAAAGAGCUUUGUCGUCGUUUUGGAAGAACUGCGAAAGUAUAUCAUGCAAUAUCACACUACGUGUCUUGUCUGGAACCCCAAGGGCGAAGACGCCGUCAGUUUCGCAAAGCGCUUGACGAAGGGAGAUGCAUCAACAGACGUCCCCAAACUUCCUGGACCACCACCUGCUCACCCGCCCCCACCUCCUCCGCCACCGCCCAUGCCAGCCGCCGCGGGAGCCGCCUCAGGUGGCGGAAUGGACGCGGUAUUCUCUUCUCUCAACCAAGGCGAGAAAAUUACCAGUGGCCUCCGAAAGGUCGACCCAAGCCAAAUGACUCAUAAGAAUCCAGAGCUCCGUGGGUCUGUGCCUGCUGAAGUAACCGUCAGCCCUUCGGGUAGCCUCAAGAGACCCGCCAAACCCCCCAAGCCAUCGAGUUUUCAAAAGAAACCUGCCAAGACUGAGUUAGUUGGAAACAAGUGGAAUGUUGAAUAUCAUGAUGGCCAAUCCUCCAUUGUAUUGGACGAAACCCAAAUCAACCACGUGGUCAACAUUUUUGGAUGCAAGAACUCGACGAUCCAAAUCAAGGGAAAAGUGAACGGGAUAACACUAGUGUCGUGUACGAAGACGUCGGUAUUACUGGACUCCGUAGUUUCCUCGCUGUGCAUCACCUCCUCUCCCUCGUUCACUGUUCAAGUACUCGGAAAGUGCCCGACAAUUAUGAUCGACGCCACCGAUGGUGGCCAAGUUUAUCUCAGUAAAGAUAGCCUCGACGUCGAGAUCCUCACUGCCAAGACCAGCGCACUUAACGUCAGUCUUCCCUCCGGCGAAGAGGAAGGUGUUUUUGUAGAGAAGUCCUUACCUGAACAACUUAAAACUUUCAUCAAGGAUGGUAAAUUAAUCACUACCGUUUUUGAACACACCGGAUAA